CCCCCCCCAGGCACCCACAGGGGAGGGGUCCCUGGCUGGGGAAAGCAGAUGGGGACCCCUGCAAGCACCAGUGCCUGGUGUUUACAUUGUACUGUUGGAUCCCAGGUACUGUAUUGGGUGGUCACCCCUCCCCCCCCCCCCAGUUCAGCUACAUUUGGGGCCGGAUCUUCCCUACAGCUGCAGGCAAAAAAGAUUUUGAAUAAACACGUAUUGCACCAUUUCAUCCCAGAGGAUUCCAAAAUGCUUCACAAACUGUACACGGGCCUCUUGCCUGCCUCUGACGUGCAUCCACCUCUGGGGCAGGAGGUGGUAGCUAUUUAACACAACAGUCUCCAUCAAGAAGUGGAAAUGCAACAUCCAUUAAUAUUGCACUGCCAUAGAGAAUUUUAAGCCAGUCUGCAAAAUUGAGAAAGUCUUAUCCCUAUUUUAUAGAUUGUUAAACUCCUUAAUAUGGACCUCAGUUUCCCUAAGGCCACAAAUUUGUGGCAGAGCUGGAAGUAGAAACCAGAUCUCCUAACUCAUGGUUCCCUAGACAACACUGCUUCCCUUUAAAAUGUAUAUUCAGAACAGUUACAUGCUAAAAGAAAAUACACCCACAAGUCUAGUCACCAUCUGGAGUCUUUCCAUUAAAGUUGUGUUGCAAAUGCUGUUACUGGAAAACACAAACCUGCACUUGGGCUAUGCACUAGAGCAAGCUGUAGUGUUCAGGGCCUUUACUAUAGAAAUAUUGUACUUUUCCCUAGGGAGCCAGCCAUCUCUUAUGCCCUACGCAAAGUAUUGCAAUAACAUAUUAUAGGUGAUCUAUGAACUCCAUGUUCAACAUACAGGCUUUCUAUAAAGCUAGGAUCAUAUUAGAAGGGAAAAAAUGACCAAAGAGUCACUAAAGCAAGACCUUCAACAGGGAUACUGACCACUGGGCUAAUGUUGGUCAAUUUUCAGGUCUACCCAUCUCUAUAGUACCAUUAAAAGCAGAAUUGCAUAAUUCAAACUGUAACACAAACAUAGUAAAAUAUGUCCUUUAAUGAGCUUUCUUCUAGGAACAUGUUAAAAGACCAAUCUUGCCAGUGUCUGGGAUUUCCCCCCAGAUUGGCAAGUCUCAGUACAGAUGAGGUGGGACUCAAAUUGUAGCCCAUCUGGCUAUGUCAAAAAGCUGGCAGGUGCUAGGUGAUCAUGGCUGCAGGAGUGAUGAAGACUUUAAUGCAGUUCUGGAAGAGAUUCAGAAAGAAGUGCAAAGAAGAAAGCAAUUAGAUCAUCAGUCCAUGGCAAGAAAAGCCAUAAUUUCACAAUGUUACAAACCAAAGCAUCCAGAAGUAUACGUUCUACAGGAUUCAUUUCUGGCUCCAGAGUUUUUAGAGACAGUUAAGUACUGCAUGUCACAAGAUGCUGAUCUCCAAGGCCUCGUGCGCCGCAUUGAUUCUAUAUCAGAUAAGAGGAUAUAUCGACUUCCAGUGUUCAGUGAGGAAUUCUGCCGAGUCUUCAUUGAAGAGCUGGAGAACUUUGAGCAAUCUGAGAUGCCCAAAGGCCGGCCAAACACUAUGAAUAACUAUGGGGUUCUGUUAAAUGAGCUUGGAUUGUAUGAAGCUUUCAUUACACCUCUGCGUGAAAAAUAUCUGCAGCCCAUAACAUCCCUGCUUUACCCUGACUGUGGGGGAGGCUCCCUGGACAGCCACAAAGCAUUUAUCGUCAAGUACUCGCUACAUGAAGAUCUGGAUUUGAGCUCUCACUAUGACAAUGCAGAAGUCACAUUAAAUGUAUCCCUAGGAAAAGAAUUUACUGAGGGCAACUUGUAUUUUGGAGACCUCAGACAGGCCCCAACCCCAGUGCCAAAGUACGUGGAGAUUGAACACGUGGUAUCCCAAGGCUUGCUACACCGAGGAGGGCAGAUUCAUGGGGCACUGCCUGUCGCCUCCGGGGAGCGCUGGAACCUCAUUGUAUGGAUGAGAUCAUCUGCUGUCCGCAAUCAGCUUUGCCCCAUGUGCAACAAGAAACCUGAAUUAGUGGAUGCUGAAGGGUUUGGAGAUGGGUUCACAAGAAGUCCUGAAGGUGACAUGCCCAAGACUGUGGAUUUAUGCUCUUUAAUAUAGGAGAUGGUAAGGAGUGAAUUCUCCAGUCUGAGUUGGCUAAAACUGAGCUCCAAGCCCCAAGCUAGCAGAAACAAGCACAGUAUCCCUUUGACAGAAACAUGUCAGGUCAACAAAUAGCUUUUUAGAAGGCAACUCAAAAACUUCUCUUGGGGGAGGGAAAACAGCUUUUUGAGCAGCAGCCGCCAUCUGGGGUCUGCUGGAGGAGUUGGUGUCUGGGUAGACAAUGCCUGCACGGUGGGAAUUUUUUAUAAGCAUAUUCUGAAAAUGUAAAAAGGCUUAAGGUAUUGAUCUAUACCGCGAACUGCAGAGGUACAAUCACACGUAUAGAAAACAGGCAGAAAGACUGCUUAGAUCUUAUACAAAGACAGCUGCUCUGACAGCCACUGUUACUGGUUGAUGUGUAAAAAAAAGAAUUAUAACAAUAUGCUAUCGUGUCAGUCAGCGUCCAUUCACAAUGACCACUACCCUCUUCUGGAUGGAAUAUCAAAGGCCUGGUCCACACUACCCCCCCACUUCGGACUAAGGUACGCAAAUUCAGCUACGUUAAUAACG